CGGUCAACUGACAGGAAGUGGAGGAAUAGCAAGCCGCAGGCUGUUGGGACGAGCAGACAUGAAUUCUCUUGAACAGGCCGAAGACCUCAAGGCCUUUGAGAGGAGACUGACAGAGUAUGUCUCCUGUUUGCAACCUGCAACUGGCCGGUGGAGAAUGAUUCUAAUUGUGGUGUCUGUGUGUACCGCCACUGGGGCUUGGAACUGGUUAAUAGACCCUGACACACAGAAGGUCUCCUUCUUUUCAUCACUGUGGAAUCAUCCCUUCUUCACCAUCAGCUGUGUCACUCUAAUAGCUCUCUUCUUUGCUGGAAUACACAAACGAGUUGUAGCGCCAUCAAUCAUUGCUGCCCGCUGUCGGACCGUUUUAGCAGAAUACAAUAUGUCCUGUGAUGACACGGGGAAACUUAUCCUAAAACCACGACCAAACAUCCAGUAACAAGAAGCUUGUGCAGGCUACUCAUUGGAGCUGCUCACAUAAUCUUUAUAUGACGUGAUAUAUAUUUUACUCAUUAAAUGCGAGUUAAGAUGUUUAGUUAUGUUUCUGAUGUUGGGCAUGAAUUUUAUCUAAAUGUUUCUAUUUUUAAUGUUAUUUACCUAAUAAAUCCUCAAGAUGUGAAA